AUGGCCCACUUAUACCAUCAUAACCCGCAUGAUCCUACGAACCAGGGCAUCAUCGGUGUUCCGCACGGUCCGGAAACUGGGGACAAUCAUGUCCACAUGGAAGGACCCGUGCCUACUGACGGCGAAGACGUGCUGAAAAGCAUGAUCUUCCCACACGAUUCGUAUAAUUCGGAAGGUGUUUACUGGGCGGAUUUACCGUUGGGGAAACAGCUGGCGUUCAAUGCCUCGGUCGAUAACGCGGAGUCGAGGAAGGAGUUGCGCGCAAUAUGGGCUAUGAUGAAGGAAGAUCCCUUGUCUCCGAUCGGAUGGUAUUUUCGACAUGCCAUCCUGCCUGGUGCUGGUUUGGGGCUUGAAGGUUACGUCCUAUUCUCCAUCGGCAAUUUGACCCCACUUUUCUCAGCUGUCUGGCCUAACUGUUGGAGCAAGUACAAAACUUGCAAUGAGACUUGGGUAGCGGCCGUUCAAUACCUUGAAGUCUGUGGCAUCAUUGUUGGCCAGAUUCUCGUUGGUGCUCUUGGUGAUGGUAUCGGUCGACGAUGGGGUCUCAUCCAGGAUGUGGUUAUCAUGUUCCUUGGACUGUGUAUGCUUGUUGCGUCGUGGGGAACUACUUUGAAUGGAUGGGUCAUUUGUUAUGCUUGGUCCUUGUUCUUUUACGGUAUUGGUGUUGGAGGGGAAUAUCCGAUGACUGCUACUGCUGCAAUGGAAAACGCCACAGGUGCAGGAAAGAUCUCCACCCGAGAAGACCGCCUUCAUCGUGGCCGCAAAGUGACCAUGGCAUUCCUCAUGCAAGGCUGGGGCCAGUUCUUCAACCAAAUCAUCCUCAUCCUCCUUCUCCUAAUCUUCCACCACGGCCAAGGCAGCCCUCCCUACUCGGAACGCGUAGCCCAAUGGACCUACCGCGUAUCCUUCGCCAUUCCCGCCGUAGGCACUCUCUGGCUAGUCUACUACCGAACCUGGAAAAUGCCCCUAGCUUCCAAAGUACUUAACACAGCAAAGAAGAAGGCCGCCGUUACUGGAUACGACGUCCAAUCGCUGAAAUUAACUUUCAGUGUCUUUGGAGGAAGAUUGAUCGCUACCGCCGGUGCUUGGUACUGCAAUGACAUAUUCUUCUACGGAAAUAAAUUGUUUCAAGGACAAUUCAUCAGCGUCCUGAACCCGGGCAAUAAAUCCGUCCUAACCGGCUGGCUCUGGAACAUGGUUAACGUAGGCGUCUCCCUUUGCGGCUACUACCUGGCUUCCUUCCUCAUUGAUAACAAAUUCGUGGGCCGUAAACGCAUGCAACAACUCGGCUUCUUCAUGGACUUCAUCCUCUUCGUCGUCCCGGCCUUCCACUACAACUUCUACGCCCUCAACAAAGCGCACAUCCCCGCCUUCCAGGCGAUGUAUUUCCUAUCUAGCUUCUUCAACCAGUUUGGGCCGAAUAGUACCACGUUCUUGGUCGCGGCGGAGGUAUAUCCUACGCCUGUUAGGGCCAGCGCGCAUGGGUUUUCGGCAGCGGUGGGGAAGUUGGGUGCGUUGACUGCUGCGGUUAUGUAUAAUUAUAUCUCGACUCAGCAGAAAUUCUAUGUUGUUCCGUGGUUCGGAUUAGCUGGUAUGCUGAUCACGGCGCUUUUCCUGCCAGAUACCACGGGUCUGGAUCUCAAGGAAGCAGAGCGUCGCUUCCACUACAUCCGCAACGGGCGCGAAAGCGAUUAUCACGGCAUCGCAGUCCACCCGCACCAUCUCUCGCUCUGGGAACGCUUAAGAGGAGCGGGGAAAUACUAUGAUCCGAAAUUGGAUUAUGAGUCCAAGGUGCAGGAUUUGAGGGACGAGUGGAUGGAGAAGUUGAAUUCGGAGGAGGAUCUCGAUAUUGCGGGUGAGGAGAUUCCGAGGGAGGUGCAUGAGUAUUUUGCGAGGACGACGGGGUUGAAGGGGGAGAAGAAGGGAGGAAAUGCCCGUUCUUGGGAUGCGGCUCUGCGCCUCAGUGCUUGGCAGCGAUGGAACCAAUCAACAAGCAUUAGUUAA